GCUACCUCCCGGCCAAAGCCAGAGAUCAGUGUGGUGAGCGGGCGGGGAUGAAAGGUUGUAAACAUGGCGGCGGCCUUGGACGAAGAUGAAAUUGACAACGAUGACUACUAUUCCCUUCUUAAUGUCAGAAGAGAGGCCACACAAGAUGAGCUAAAAGCAGCAUAUCGGAGACUUUGCAUGCUCUACCAUCCCGAUAAGCAUAGAGACCCGGAACUUAAGAGCCAGGCAGAACAACUCUUUAAUUUGGUUCAUCAAGCUUAUGAAGUGUUAAGUGAUCCACAGUCCAGAGCUAUAUAUGACAUCUAUGGCAAAAGAGGUCUGGAAGUGGAGGGAUGGGAAGUGAUCGAGAGGAAGAGAACUCCGGCUGAGAUUCGUGAGGAGUUUGAACGUCUCCAGAGAGAGAGGGAGGAGCGGAGGCUGCAACAGAGGACCAACCCCAAGGGGACAAUCAGCGUUGGUGUGGAUGCCACUGACCUCUUUGAUCGCUAUGAAGAGGAUUACGAUGAUGUCCCAAGUGGGGGCCUUCCUCAUAUUGAGAUAAACAAGAUGCACAUAUCUCAGUCUAUAGAGGCACCUCUGACUUCUGCGGACACAGCCAUUCUUUCCGGCUCUCUCUCCACACACAACGGCAAUGGUGGGGGAAACAUCACCAUGGCACUACGCAAAGUCACAUCUGCAAAGGGCUGGGGAGAGGUGGAGGUUGGAGCUGGAGAUACACACGGGCCUCUCUUUGGAUUAAAAAUCUUCCGCAACUUGACAACUCGCUGCUUCUUGACUGCUCAGUGUGGGAUGCAGUUCUCGUCCCGUGGCGUACGGCCAGGCGUCACUACUGUACUGGCGCGGCACCUGGACAAGAAUACCAUGGGCUAUCUGCAGUGGCGUUGGGGCACCCAGUCAUCCAUGAACACCAGCAUCGUCAGAGACACUAAGAGCUCCCACUUCACGUUUGCUAUGCAGCUGGGGAUACCUCAUACCUUCAUGAUGAUGAGCUACCAGUACAAGUUUCAGAAUGAAGACCAGACUAAAGUCAAAGGCUCGGUCAAGUCAGGAUUCUUUGGGACUGUGGUGGAGUAUGGUGCGGAGACAAAGAUCAGCCGACACAGCGUUCUGGGGGCAACCGUCAGCGUCGGAGUACCACAGGGUGUCUCUCUAAAGAUCAAACUGAAUCGAGCCAGCCAGACGUACUUCUUCCCCAUCCAUCUAACUGAUCAACUCAUGCCGAGUGCCAUCUUCUAUGCCACUGUGGGGCCCCUAGUGUUCUACCUGGCCAUCCAGCGGCUUGUUAUCAGGCCUUACGUUCGCUCCCAGAAGGAACAGGAAUUGGAGAAGCAUCGACAGAGUUCGGCCACAGACAUCGCCAAAAAGAAGCAGGAAGCAGAGUCUGCUGUUUUGCUGAUGCAGGAGGGCGUACGCAGAAUCAUUGAAGCUGAGGAGUCCAAAAUGGGUCUCAUCAUCCUCAAUGCCUGGUAUGGCAAGUUUGUGACGGACAACAGCAGGAAGCACGAAAGGGCAAGGGUCAUCGACGUGACCGUCCCACUGCAGUGCUUGGUGAAGGACUCCAAGCUCAUUCUCACAGAAGCCUCAAAGGCUGGUUUACCUGGGUUCUAUGACCCCUGCGUGGGCGAGGAGAAGAGCCUGAAGGUGCUGUAUCAGUUCCGAGGAGUGAUGCACCAGGUGUUGUCCGGCGACUCAGAACCUCUCAGGAUACCGAAACAAUCUCACAGAAUUGACAAUGACACCUAGGACCUCUACUGGGCAGAGGAGGAGAUGACUUUGGAAGGAUGUUUGAGACUUGGAUACCCGCUGUGCCCAAGAAAUCAUACAUAUGUGCAUCCAUCUGUAUGGUGUUCAUCUUUUAAUCGUUUUCUAGGAAGGUUGUGUAUGAAAAUGGACCUGUUUGGAUGCCAUACUAUAUUGAAGAUCAUCUGGAAGGUUGCAGCCUUUCAUAUAUGUAAACUUAUGAAGGGUAUUUUGUUUCUCUUCUUUUUGGUUACCAUUUCAUUUCCCUACUUUUCUGACACCCAAUCCCCUCCAAAACGAGCAUAUUCAACAACGGCUUUGGCCAGCAUUGUGACCUUAUGUACGAAAGGAGGAUGACCAGAUCCAGUGCCUCUAUUUAACUCUUGUGAGAGUUUGAUGUCACCCUUGAAUACUUGCCAUGUGAAGGUAUGGGAACCAUGCUGCCAAUUCAGUGAAUUGCACAGGAAACAAGGUAGUCAUGCCCAACUGUCAGCUUUGUCUAUCAUUAUGACCAUAGUAUUUUUAAAAAUGGCACGGAAUAAACAAGCUUGAGAAACA